GUCUUUGAAGUUGAACGAACAACCGUUACUCGCUCACUUAGCAAUCAGCAUUUGGAAGGGACAGAUCUUAGGAUGAGGGUUAGGGUUUUUCGUUAGCCCUAAUCCCAAUCCCCAAUAAAUCCCUCAAUCAAUCAAUGGAUAAUACGAAUUCCUCGAAUUCAAUUUCAGUCUCGAUAAACGAGACGUUAACGGACGAUGAGCUUCGAUCGAUUCUUUCGAAGCUAGAUAAGAAGGACGGGGAGGUGUUCUCGCUGGUCUGCAAGAGAUGGCUCCAUCUGCAGAGCUCCGAGCAGAAGAAGCUCGCCCUCCGUGCUGGGCCCCACAUGCUCCACAGAAUGGCGGCCAGAUUUUCGCGGGUUGUCGAAUUGGACUAUUCCAAUUCCAUGGCAAGGUCCUUUUAUCCCGGUGUUACCGACUCUGAUCUUGCUGUUGUUGCCCAAAGCUUCACGUGCUUGAGAGUCCUCAAGUUGCAGGAUUGUAAAGCUAUAACUGACACUGGAAUGGCAUCAAUUGGGAGUGGCCUUUCUUCUUUGCAGUCGUUGGAUGUAUCCAAUUGUAGAAAGCUGACUGACAAGGGAUUUUCAGCUGUUGCCAAAGGCUGUCAUGACCUGCGAGGCCUGCAUCUUACUGGUUGCAGACUUGUUACUGAUGGAUUGUUAUUAGCUCUUUCUAAGAACUGUCCUAACCUAGAAGAGUUGGGCCUGCAGGGGUGCACUAAUGUGACGGACGAUGGUAUCACCACCCUGGUAAGUGGGUGUCAACAGAUCAAGUUUCUAGACAUCAAUAAAUGCAGCAAUGUCGGAGAUGUUGGGAUUUCUAGUAUUUCCAAGGCAUGUUCAUCUUUUCUCAGAACAUUGAAGCUGUUGGACUGUUACAAAGUUGGUGAUGAAUCUAUAUUAUCCUUAGCUAGAUUCUGUAUAAAUCUUGAAACACUUAUAAUUGGUGGCUGCCGGGACGUCUCUGAUAAGUCUAUCAAAUCUCUAGCUGCUGCUUGUAAAAAUUUGAAGAACUUGCGGAUGGAUUGGUGUUUAAAUAUUUCCGACUCUUGCUUGAGCUGCAUACUCACUCACUGCAACAAGCUGGAGGCUCUUGACAUUGGAUGUUGUGAAGAAGUAACAGAUGCUGCUUUCCAGGAUUUAGGCAAUUGUGAAACCAAAUUGAGUUUAAAGGUUUUGAAGGUCAGUAACUGCCCAAAGAUUACAAUUACAGGUAUCAGUUUACUAUUGGGGAAAUGCAAUUCUCUGGCGUACCUUGAUGUGAGGUCCUGUCCACAUAUGACGAAGGCACGCUUUGAUGAGGCUGGAUUACAGUUUCCUGAUUGUUGCAAAGUGAAUUUCACUGGAAGUUUAUGUGAGCCAGAUGUUCUUGUUUGAGACCCAAGAUUUGUAAGUUCCAUAUCAAGAGAUGUCCUUUUAGUCUGGAACCUUUUAAGCAAUCAGUGCCUCCAUAAAGCUUAUAAGGAUUCUCAAUGAUCUAGCUUCUUUCCAACAGCAGUUUCGUCCUGUUCAAUGUAUAUGUUAUCCCGUAUCCUCUUUACCUUUGAUUGAGCUAAUAUUUGGCUUGUUUUAUGCAACUCUUAUGUGUAUUACGCAUCUAAAAUCUUAUUACAUUUCCUAUUUAAUUUUUUGAAAUUUGUGAAAUGAUCGCCUUUUUUCGCAUAUCCAUGUAUCUUCAUGUUCUUCUCCGAUUAAUAUUGGCACCUGAUUUGUUCA